AGGAUCGCCAUUUCUUCUGCUCAGCAUUUCGGCAUCGUGGGAAAUGGUUUUCAGGUGAAACUCGCUCGAGCGCUAGAGGAGUCUCCAUGUGAAGACGGCUCAACGUCCUCUGCACAGGACGCGGUGUACGAUUGUUGUUGGAGCGAAAGCAAUGAGCACCACCUGGUCUCAGCGUGCGGCGACGGCAGCUUGAAGCUGUGGGACCUGGGGAUCGCAGUCAACAGACCUCUGCGGGCGUUUCACGAGCACAGACGGGAGGUGUACAGUGUGAACUGGAAUGUGAUACAGAGAGACAUCUUUCUGUCUGCAUCUUGGGAUGGCCAAAUCAAAUUGUGGACUCCGGAAAUGCCCCAAUCGCUGCUUGUAACUUUCCCCUCCUCCAGGGCAUGUUGGUCCCCUAAGUCAGCGUUCGCUUUCCUCUCCUGCUCUGCCGACUGCAGCGUCCGAAUGUGGGACACGCGCUCACCCGUUUGCGCAUUCACGUUCUUGGGCCACCAGCACGAGGUUCUUUCCGUCGAUUGGUGCAAGUACGACGAGUACACGUUUGCAUCGGGAGGAGGCGAGUGCAGCUCAAUCCUCUUGGCCCCUUCUCUCUUCUCACUUGAGUCUGCCGUGGCUGCAGCUGAUCGAACUAUCCGCCUCUGGGACACGCGCAGGAGCAAUCAUCUCCUUACGCAUCACAGGUACGCGGUGAGGAACGUGAAGUUCUCCCCGUUCUCGCCACAACAUCUGCUGUCCUGUUCCUACGACUUGACGGUUGCGCUCUGGAACUGCAUGUUCAACACGGGGAGUCACUCCCUCAUGAUAAACUCGGAGCAUCACAAGGAGUUUGUUGUCGCGCUUGAUUUUAACGUCCUCCAUGACGGUCAAGUCGCAAGCGCGUCGUGGGACCGCUCGACCUGUGUUUGGUCUCUUGGACAGAAUCCCGACAGAUAG